UCUGGACAAGAGAAACAAAACAACAUCGAUGCAGACACGGGAAUGAAACUGAGGAAGUGACAGAUGUAUGGCAGGCAAUCAAUGACGUGUGGAGUCCAGGUGAGUCCGAUGAAGCACUGGCGCGCGCAACGUUGGUGGCAGGUGCGCGUUAUGGUGAGCAGCCUGGCAACCUCGAGCGUCUUAGAGACAAAACUAAUGAACAAUGUGACCACACCCACAGUGAGUCAGGAUUUCAAGAGAAAUGAAACUCUUGUUUUCUUCUUCUUACACUAUAUGUUCCCGUUCUCUUCAGUCAGUGAAGUUACCACACACAACUUGGUUAGCUGUAGAUCAGACACAAUGGCGAGUAAAAUGGCAGCCUCUGUCUCAUUGGAACAGGAAUGUCCCAUCUGUCUAGACCUGCUGAAAGAUCCGGUGACUAUGCCUUGUGGACACAGUCACUGUAUGGGCUGUAUCCAGGGCUUAUGGGAGCAGGAGGACCAGAUGGGAGGUCAGAUCUGCCCCCAGUGCAAAGAAAGUCUUACACAACCUUGGCCCACUCUGAACCAAAAUACUAUUCUGGCUGAAAUGGUGGCGAAACUGAAGAAGACAGAACUCCAAGCUGCUCCUCUUACGGAAGAUGUGGUUGCAUGUGACUUCUGCACUAGAGGAGCGAACCAAGCUGUCAAGUCCUGCCUGGUGUGCCUGGCCUCUUACUGUGAGACUCACCUAAAGCCCCACUAUGAAAACCCUUCCUUUGGAAGGCACAAGCUGCUGGAUGCCACCCGACGAUUACAGGAACGGGUUUGCUCAACUCAUCACAAACUGCUGGAGGUUUACUGCAGAACCGACAAACUGUGUGUGUGUGUGAGUUGUGCACUGUACGAUCACAAAGGCCAUGUCACCGUCGCUGCAUCAGCUGAAAGAAUGGAGAAGCAGAAAGAGACAGAGGCCACAGGAGGAUCAUGUAGACAGAAAGUCAAGGAAAAGGAAGAGGAGGUCGAGCACCUGAGGGGAGCUUUGGUGUCGUUUAAGCGCUCUGCAAGGGAAGCUGUUCUGGACAGCACCAGGACACUCUCAGAGCUGAAAGUAUAUCUGGAGCGGAGGGGCAACCAAGUGAAGGAGCUGAUCAGGGCUCAGGAAAAGGUGGAGGUGAACUGGGCGGAGGCCCAACUGCAGCGUCUGGAGCAGGAGAUUAUUGCGCUGAAGAAGAGAGACUCUGAGCUGAAGAAACUAACACUGACCCAAGAUGACGCAUACUUCCUUCAGCAUUACCAAGACCCCAGGAGCUCUCCUGUAUCUGAAGACCUGCCGAGCAUCAACAUUGACCCGCUGUGUGAUUUUGGGACAGUAAAGAGAGCUUAUGCUAAUUUCAAGGAGCAGUUGGAAUGCUUCUGUGAUAGAGGAAUGAAGAGGAUAUUGAACACAGUAAAAGCCAUCCAUAUGCUUCAGUCACCAAAGCCCAGCCAAUCUCCCAAGACAAUUGGUCAAGCCAAUGGGAGCCCCCCAGCCUUCAAGCCCACCCUGGUAUUGGGGGAACCUGCAGUAACCUGCGACACUCCCCUUUCCCUCUGUGCAAAGUCCUCUAUCUUGAAGUGCUCUUCCAUGAGCAAACCUUCAACUGACACAGCGAUCCUAUUCACUGAAAAGGGGCCAUCAAAUGACACUAAGCCUGCUGCUAGAGUAGAGGCCAUCCUCACCAAACCCUUGUUCACCACUGACAACCUUCUCUUGACCAAAUCGGCAUCUAAUAUGAACAUCAAUCCCCUGCUUAUUAAAUCCUCAUCCAACACUGAAGAGUUCACCAAACCUGCAUCUGGAGCUGGUUUAGCAGUCCUCAACACCACACCUGCUCCUACAACAAGUAGCAGCAUUUUCAAUUGUCCUGUUGGUGUUUUUGGUAAGCCUGCAGUUGACGUAGAUGAUUUUUGUAAGGCAGCAUUAAACACUGACAGCUGUCCUUUCAUCAAAAUUGUAUCUGACAACAAUAUGAGGGAAAAGCCUAGCACAGGUUUCUCCUUUGGCAAGCCUAAAUGUAACGCAGGCUCAUCCCUCUUUGGCAAGCCUGAAUCUAACACAGGUUCACCCCUCUUUGGCAAGCCUGAAUCUAGCACAGGUUCAUCCCUCUUUGGCAAGCCUAAAUCUAACACAGGAUUCUCAUUUGGCAAGCCGGAAUCUAGCACAGGUUUAUCCCUCUUUGGCAAGCCUGAAUCUAGCACAGGUUUAUCCCUCUUUGGCAAGCCUGAAUCUAGCACAGGUUCACCCCUCUUUGGCAAGGCUGAAUCUAACUCAGGAGUCUCAUUUGGCAAGCCUGAAUCUAGCACAGGUUUAUCCCUCUUUGGCAAGCCGGAAUCUAACACAGGUUCAUCCCUCUUUGGCAAGCCUGAAUCUAGCACAGGUUUAUCCCUCUUUGGCAAGCCUGAAUCUAGCACAGGUUUAUCCCUCUUUGGCAAGCCUGAAUCUAACACAGGAUUCUCAUUUGGCAAGCCUGAAUCUAGCACAGGUUUAUCCCUCUUUGGCAAGCCUGAAUCUAACACAGGAUUCUCAUUUGGCAAGCCUGAAUCUAGCACAGGUUUAUUCCUCUUUGGCAAGCCUGAAUCUAACACAGGAUUCUCAUUUGGCAAGCCUGAAUCUAGCACAGGUUCAUCCCUCCUUGGCAAGCCUGAAUCUAACACAGGUUUAUCCCUCUUUAGCAAGCCUGAAUCUAACACAGGAUUCUCAUUUGGCAAGCCUGAAUCUAGCACAGGUUCAUCCCUCUUUGGCAAGCCUGAAUCUAACACAGGUUUAUCCCUCUUUAGCAAGCCUGAAUCUAACACAGGAUUCUCAUUUGGCAAGACGGAAUCUAACACAGGUUCACCCCUCUUUGGCAAGCCUGAAUCUAGCACAGGUUUAUCCCUCUUUGGCAAGCCUGAAUCUAGCACAGGUUUAUCCCUCUUUGGCAAGCCUGAAUCUAACACAGGAUUCUCAUUUGGCAAGCCUGAAUCUAGCACAGGUUUAUCCCUCUUUGGCAAGCCUGAAUCUAGCACAGGUUUAUCCCUCUUUGGCAAGCCUGAAUCUAACACAGGAUUCUCAUUUGGCAAGCCUGAAUCUAGCACAGGUUUAUCCCUCUUUGGCAAGCCUGAAUCUAACACAGGAUUCUCAUUUGGCAAGCCUGAAUCUAGCACAGGUUUAUCCCUCUUUGGCAAGCCUGAAUCUAACACAGGAUUCUCAUUUGGCAAGCCUGAAUCUAGCACAGGUUUAUUUAUCCCUCUUUGGCAAGCCUGAAUCUAACACAUGAUUUUCAUUUGGCAAGCCGGAAUCUAAAACAGGAUCCUCCUUUGGCAAGCCUGCAGACCAGCCUGGUGUCGUCUAGAUUUCUAUUUUAGGAAAAUGCUUGGUUUAGUUUUCUAUCAAUGAAGAAAUGCUGUUAUCAGGGUUACACAUCAUGGGAUUACACUAUAUAUUGUAAAUAAUAAUACAAUGAGUUUGCCCAUGCACUUUGAUUUGUUAUGCAGUACCAAUACUGUGAUGGAUUUGAUGUUAUCUGUACUGAAUUAAAUGGAUUUCUUCCACUGAUUUAAAAACUGAUAAUUUACCAAUUUUCUGCCCGAAGAUGGCAUUCAAACAACAGUCUCACUCUUAUGCAGUCCCUAAAUUCUCGUGGUCUGUUUUGAAAAAUAUGUAUUCUGACUUCAAUGGGACAAUCUGGUUCAAUAAAAUAAAUAUAAAU